GGCCGGCUCGCCUCGUUGGACUAAAACUUUGCAACAUGGCGACUCAGCAGCUCGACGGAGCGGCGAGAAUGGAGGGCGGAAAGCGAGCUCACCCCGGAUUCAGCGGCCACAAGUACUCCCUGCUGGUGGUGGUGGGGGAGCACAGCGCCGCGGGGUUCGUGGAGUACCUGGUGGCGGAGAUCGAGCGAGGUAUCCGCUCGUGGGACGUGGACCUGGCAUCCUGCAACCUGGACGAGCAGCUCAAACUCUUCGUCUCCAGACACUCUGCGUUCUUCUCUGAGGAGCUCAAAGGCCAGAGGACACUGCAACACAGUGGCGAUGUCCUGGAGACCCAGGUGGUGGUGAACCCAUCUCGUGUUUUGGUCUGCUCAGAGGUUCGGCGACUUAUUUCUGACGUGUCUCGUCACAAGCUACUGAUUCUCGCCGGGCAGUGCGUGGAAGACUCUGGAGACCUUGUGUUGCAAACUGGAUGCUUUUCACUAAAUGACUUCUUCCAGAUAUUUGCAGAUGAAGAGAUCGGUGAGCUGUUAAGCUCAGCAGACCCUACACAAAAAGCAAGCCUCACCCUGAGUUGCCCCAUGUCUGGGAUGUGGAAGAAUUCUCAGUUGGAAAACCACAACUUGCAAGACUUCAUCGAAAUCAAGACCAACCCUCCAUCAGUGUUACCAGAGAUGGAAGGCUUGCAGGAGUUUACGGAAUAUCUCUCAGAAUCCCUGGAACCUCAGUCGCCUUUUGAACUCCUGGAGCCUCCUAGCACAGUUGGUUUCCUAAAGCUGUCGCGUCCCUGCUGCUAUGUGUUCCCCGGUGGAAGGGGUGACGCUGCCUUCUUUGCUGUGAACGGUUUCAAUGUCCUGGUCAACGGUGGGUCUGAUCCCAGGUCUUGUUUUUGGAAACUGGUGAGACAUUUGGACAGGGUUGACUCUAUACUGCUAACACACAUUGGUUCGGAGAACCUGCCUGGUGUGAACAGCCUUCUCCGCAGGAAAGCAGCAGAGCAGGAGGAAGAGGAGUCAGCUGGCUCCCACAGCAGUGAGGACUGGCAGAGGAACUUGAUUUCUCCAGAAAUUGGGGUUGUGUUCCUCAAUGCGCCAGAAAGACUUAAGACACAACAAGGCGAUCCCAAAGUUUUGCACGGUUGUGAUCUGGUUGCACUAACACUACAGCAUUUAGAAAAGUUAUCCAUCUCCCCAGAAUCCCUCAGUCGUACCAACAGCCCAAGCAUUGAACCAAUGAUCCUCUUUCAGAAGAUGGGUGUGGGGCGUCUCGAGCUGUAUGUUCUUAAUCCUGUCAAAGGUAGUAAAGAGCUAGAGAAUAUUAUGCAAAUAUGGCCCAGCAGUGCCUCUAAUGUAAAAGGAUCAGAGAUCCCGCUACCUUGCCUGGUUUCCAUUUGUGCCCUGUUGGUUUGGCAUCCUGCUAACCCUCAGGAGAAAAUAAUUCGAGUUCUGUUCCCUGGUAGCACGCCACAGGCCAAGAUCUUUGAGGGGUUGGAGAGAUUGAAACAUCUACACUUCCUCAAAAAUCCAGUGGUGAGUUUAAAGGACCUUGAGUCAUCCAAAGUUGAUAAACAACCAAAGCGUGCAGAGAGCAAGGAAAGCCUUAAGUCUCUUCCCAAAGACUCAAGACCAGGGAGUGCCUCACUCCUCAAAGAAAAGGUAAGCAAAGUUGACAUAAAGAAGCAAGACACUAAGGUUAAGCCCAAGUCCAUUACUGAAAAUAGCCAAAAAGAGGGUAAAGAAGGGGAAGACAAAGCAAAGCCAAAAGAUGAUAUGAAACAAAGAACCGCUAAGCCUGAAAAGCAAGUGGUUAGAAAAGACCCUGUGAAAGAGGAGAAGAAGGAGAUUAAGAAGAAAGAGGAGAGGCCUUCAACGAGUUUUGCAAAGAAGGAUGAAAACGCUGAGAAAAAGAAGGACCCCCUGAAGAAAGACCUGGGUCCGAAGCCUAAGAAAGACAUGAAACCUGAAAUAAAGAAGGAAAUUAAAAAGGAGAGCAAGCCAGAGGAGAAAAAAACAACCUCUAAACCUCCUGUUAAGGAUGUGAAGAAACCAGCUGGAAGCCUAUCGGCAUCUGCUGACGCAAGAAAGUCCUUUGGAAAGAAUGGUUCUAUAAAGAAGGAUGCGGCCAUCCCUAAAAAGGAUGGUUUACCAAAAGGGAAGUCGAAGCCAGAGAAAAACGAGGGCACUCCGAAACCAAACUCUGAAGGAGAUGCAAAGAUGUCCACACCUGAGGAUGUUCGUGCAGACUUGGAGAAGUUGAAGAUUGAAAAUGAGCAUGGUGAAAUGCGAGAUGCAGAGGGAAAUAUUUUAUGUUCAGCAGCUGAAGGUGUGCAGCAUGACCAUGAAUUGAAUGGGGCGGAGACCAAAGCCGAGUUAUCUGAAAGUCCAGAGAAAUUCAGAAGUAUGGAGACGGUUCCUGCCUCUAACUCUGCUAUGGGUCCUCUUUCACCACUUGCAAAGACUCCAAAAAGUGAGAAAAGUGUCAAUUUUGAUCUCACACCAACAGAGCACAGGUGGGUGGAGGAUGGUGGCCUCAAAGAGGAGCUUUUGAGAAGUGGGCCAGAAGAUGCUUGUGCAAGCUGUGAUGAGAAAACACUUGAGAUGGUCUCACCACCAAACAGUGCAGGACACACUCCAUUCCAUCACUCUCCUGAAGAUGAUCCUCAGGGCUCAGGUGAGGACAGUAGCUUGGGGAUCAAGGUGCCCAGUCUCAGUUUUGAAGAUAGUCAUGAGGGAUCCUACAGAAUCUCUGAGGCUGGUAGCUCAAAAAGUCAUUUGGGAAACAACUCCACUUCCUCACAAGACAAACAGUCCAGUUUUCCAUCAUUAGGCUCUUUUAAGGACAUGCUGCCUGAUGCCUCCUCAACAAUUACAUCUUUACCUGCUGAAGUUGGUUCUCCACAUUCCACUGAAGUUGAUGAUUCAUUAUCUGUUUCUUUUGAGCAAGUACUCCCACCUUCUUGCAAGGCAGAAGACAGAAUGUACACCAAUGGACAUUUGGUAGAAACGGAUUCCAAAACAGACAUGUCUCUACCUUUGAGAACAUCUCAUAAUAGUAGGCAAACAUAUGAUGGGUCCGAGAAUCAUCUCUCUGGACCCCAAGAUCUUUACCUUGAUGUUCCACCCCACGAUGUUGACUUAUGCUUGGUCUCACCCUGCGAAUUUCAACAUCACAAAUCUCCUGACAACCAAAAGGCCUCUUCUCCUGGGUUACCCAGCCCGAGUCCUCAUGAGUUCUCCACCGAAAGUGACCUUUCUCAGGAGCUUGUCAAGCUGCCCUCCCAGGGAAACAGUAAUGACUGUAACUCUCCACAGGGCCAGGAGACCACGCUAACCUCUGUUAGCGACUCCCUCCCUCCCUCAGACUCGGAUGUCCCACCUGCUACUGGAGAGUGUCCCUCCAUUAGUGAGGAUUUGGAUUCUGACGAGGACUCUUCUGAAUUCCCACCACAUCAUCCACAUGAUCACCCUACUAGCCAUUCAUUACACAGACACUCUACACAUUCCUCCCCAGAUCCUCCACCGGCACCAAUGAAGGACUUGCCUCCUCUGCCGCCUCAGCCUGGCGCCUGCAUGGCUGACCCUGAUGCUGAUGGCCAAGGCAAAUCUCCAAAGAAUGUGACUGCAAAACCCAAAAAGACAGCAACUUCUGGCACACACAAGGUGGCAUCUGCAAACAGUUUGGCACAGAAUAGCAAGACAAAGACAGGUACUCAUUCAACCACCAGUGGUACAAUUCGGGCUACAUCCAGUCUGGACACGAGGCCUGCCUCUCGUAGCAGUGUUAGUAGCUCUAGGCCACCAUCAGGAGGUGCCAGGCCACCAUCAGGUCCAGUGGGGCACAAGCCAAAUGCCACAACGGUUUAUUUGGACCUGGCGUAUCUGCCGUCAGGCUUUGCAGCAUCCACCAUUGAUGUGGAGUUUUUCCGCCGUGUGCGCUCCUCUUGUUAUAUAAUAAGUGGAGAGAAUCCUUACAAGGAGUCGAUCAUGAGGCCCAUCCUGGACUCUCUGUUAGAAGGCAAGGCAGCCUGGCCAGAAGUGCAGGUCACCCUGAUCCCCACUUUCGAUUCUUUGACGAUGCAUGACUGGUACCAGGACACACACGAGAGACAAAAGGAACUGGCAAUAACAGUGUUGGGCAGCAACAGCACAGUGGCCAUGCAAGAAGAGACGUUUCCUGCCUGCAAAGUGGAGUUUUGAACAAGAAAAGAAGCUCCUGCACCAAGAAAUGACUAUUCACCCCCCUUUCAAUCACUAGAGCACUUAGGCCUGUUUCCACGAGUGUAACUUUUAAUAGAAAAACGGUUCUGUUUGUUCUCUUUUUUUGAACGAGAUUAGCUGGAAGCAGCACUGAAAUGUGCUUUCGCAUAGCACAUGCUGACCGAGGGUAGCCAGAAUCAGACAAUCUACAGGAGCUGCGUAGCAAAUAUGAUGGGGACAAAAGGGGGUAAACAGAGUCGGCAUGCAUUUCACUCGUUUUAAAUGAAAGCUUGCUUUAAGAGUUCCUUAAGAGAGGCUGUAUACUUUAUUCAUCGCUAGUUGGAGGUACCGUGAGGAGAGCAGCGGGUUUUUCAUUUCACGUGUUACUACAGCUUGGAUCGUUUUGCACGGUUGCACAGUUUGGAUUUUCUACACAAAGUGGGGAAACACAACACAGCAGACUUUGAUGGAGAUCGUCUUAGACAGCCGUUUUUCUGGUCACCCUGCGUUUUGUCUGGAAAUGCCAGAUCUUUUACUUUGGCUGUUUAGAUUUUGUACUUGCUGAAGCACAGCAUGGUUUUUUUUUUUAACCGUUUUUUUUUUUCAUAGCCCUGAUUUUCCCUGUAGAAACACAUUCUCGAUGUCUGCAUCACACAUGACGGCAUGUUUGGAUUAGUUUUAAGUGUUUGCUGUACAGGCUAGUCCUCCACCACGCUUAAGGACCAGUAUUUGGUUACGUGUUGUUUACUGUGGCUCAGCUUUUCGGGCAUUCUGUUAAGUCCUGGACUCCUUUAUUAUUAACGGUACGCUCUGCAUCGCUCGGUUUACUACAGAGGUGAAGGAUGCAUGUUCCUACACUUCAAGUCGGCAUUCUUAAUAAGCUGUAAUUGCUUUGUUUACGUUCUACAGGGCCUCAGAAAGUGUUUGGACACUGACCGUUGGUAAACGUUGAGUCAGACUGCACUAAAGGUUCUGUAAAGCUCAGAUGUUUUUCUUCAUGUUCACUGAUGGGUCUUGUACCAAGACCUGCAGGUCUGCAUCAAAAAGUCU